AGCUACAUUGUGUUUGCAAAGUCACUUAUUUGGAGGGGGAAGUUAGAAGCACAUUUCUGAUCUGAUUAACCCAGUUCCAGAUAUACCCUCUUUUGUAUAAACUAGCGGUGAUCAACAAAGGCGUCUGGAUAUUUAGGAAAACUUCUACGCAUAGGAGAUAGAGAUGGUUGUGAUUGUGAAAUGACCUCGCAGUAUCUCAAGAUCACUCUUCUGUUUGGAACAUUAGUCUGCACUUUCCGUGGCACUAUAUGUAAUCCAUUGCAAAAUCCUUCCCCCUAUGCGGUGAAUGGGGUCCUGGGAGGAACAGCUUUGCUCCAUAUCUCCUCAGCAAAGAAAGUGGUGAGAACUGAAUGGGGAUUUCAAAACAAAAGCAAUGUGGCAUUUGUGAUUGCUGAAUUCAGAGAUGGGGACAUGGAGAGGCCUAAUCCCAGUGACAGAUUUGGGAAGAGGCUGGAACGGCUUAAUGUGACCACACUACGCAUUAAAGACCUGGUGUUGGAUGACAGUGGAAUAUACAGGGCUCAUGCAAGGUUUGAUACGGCAGUGAAUGAAGACUAUACAUUCAAUCUCACGGUUCACAAGCCAGUUCCAGAACCAAAGAUAUCCCACCAUCUAAUCUCUAAUGCUUCAGCUGGAUGCAAUGUGACCCUGAAGUGUCAGGUGCCGCCUGGAAAGGGGGACUUCAAAAUCUCCUGGAAAAGAGGGAACCCACUUGGUACUUUGGAAGGAAUUUCUGACUGGUACCGGGUUUCUGCCAGUGGCACAGAUCUCCAUUUGCUCUGGCAGCCCAGCAACUCAGACUCCACCUUCACCUGCUUGGUCAGCAAUCCUGCUGAUCAAAAGAGCAUCUCAUUCGAUUUGCUCAGCAUCUGCCCAAAUGAAGCUGAAAAUCAAGGAGGAGCUGGACAGAUGUGGUGGUGGUGGAUCCUUGUCCUGUUGGCUCUAAUCGGAAUUAUAGUGAGUGUGUUUAUUGGGAUAUGGAUGAAAAGGAAAAGGCCAGACAAGAGAGCUGUUAUCUCUACAAUGCCAAAGGAGGCGAACUCUCCCAACCUUCAGUAUGCAGAGAUCUCAAAAAAGAGGAAUCCCCCAGAAGGAGGGGACGACCAGGUUCCUGACCAUCUUUAUCCAUGCCUUGAACAGAAGCCUCCCACCAUCUAUGCCAUGCUCCAGACACCCGCUUGUCAUUCUGAACAGAUCACGUAAAGGUCUUUGAUCGGGACAUAUGGGCUGUAAGAAGAUAAUGGCUAGACUUCACUGAGAGACCAGGAGUUUCCAGACAAGUUCCUCUUAAAAUGCUUGUCAAAGGCGUAUUUCCUAGCUUUGUUUAGUAGGAAUGCUUCUGAAACAAUGCAUCAAUUCAGACUCUUUCUGAUAAGCCAUAGUCCAUAUAAAACUGACAUUACACUCCAUUCUCCCUCUGAACUCCAAUGGCCACUAACUGUCAUUCUUCCCUGCCUGCCAAGCCAGCCUGAGAAGUAAAGUUUCUCCUCCUGAUCAUAUAUAUUUUGCAUAAGUCUGCAUUAACACCGUCACUUAUUAACUCCAUGUGGUCUGUUACACUGGAAUGGGACUCAUGAUCGUAAAUGGAGAUGAAAUCCAUGUUUGGUGGUUGUGAAUUAGUGCCCAGCCCUGCUCUCCCUCUGUUCUUAUUUCUCUGGCGUCUCCUCUGAGGUCUCUCCCUGACCACCAUGAUGAAAGAAACAGAAUUACAAAGGCCCGAGGCUGAGAAUUCCUCUUGACCUCAAGUUUCUUUUCCCUGUCUGGUUUCAUAAUCAGAGGCAUAGGACACAAAUCCAUUUUUGUUUCUCUCUUCAGCAAGUAAAACUGUCUUAUACUGGCCUCACUGACCCAUCUAGCUUUCAUUUGAAUCUAGACUUAAUGGGGGUUACUGAAAUGUUGUAUCCUAUCCAGUUAUCUUUCGCAGUUUGUUUCUUUGGACAUUUGUGCCAAGGGGGAUCCUAUAGAGAGGAUGAGGGAGAAGUUGGAAAGGAAAAGGGAGGGAAAGGAGAAAAUGGAGUUGUUGAAUAAACCUUUAGUUGAAUCCAAAUAAGGUUCCCUUGUGUGUAUAUGAAGGAAACAACCAUAAAACAUGACAGUAGCAAUAUUAGCAUGAAUGUGCGAACCCAGUCAGGUGGGAACCUCAGAUAUAUUUUUAAUAUAUGUGCAUGUAUAAUUAUUGUAUAUAUUGUAAACAUUUGUAUCGUUCUCUUUGUCUUUGCUACAGUAUAUGCUUUUGGUUUUUUGUACUAGCUUUAGUACAAUACAUUCUAAAUGUAUGUAUCCAAAUAAAUAAAAUGAACAUGUACAGAAUUGCUCAUCUG